AUUUAUAUUGUAAUAUUUCAAUGUAAUGUAAAAAUAAGAAAAAAUAAUAAUAUAUUACUAUUAUUAUUAGUAUUAGUAGUAGUAUUAAAUAAAAUAUUAAAACAGAAAUUUGAUUAACCUAAUCUGAACUAUUUCUGGCAUUUUUAGCAGGUGAAGAGACAGACAUGUGUGUAGUCUCAUCAAACUGCUGUACUAAAGCUGUAGAAAACACAUAUAAAUCAGAGUGAUCACAGAUUCAACAUGCGCAGAGAAUCAAAUGAUCUCCUUAAGAGGCACGUCAUUGUGCAUGAUAACAUUUGUAUUUGUCAAACCACUUCAGCCCUGAAGGCUUGAGAUUCGUUCAUGCAGAAUAAUGAGUCCCGUGACACACUCACACACACACACUCACACACACUACCCCUAACUCACACUCUCACACACGCUCACACACACUCUGAACGUCAGAGUCUCUUUGGGCUCCGGCGGCUCCAUGCGUCUCCUCCUGGCGCGUCUUUAGUCGCUGGGAAUGAUGAGGACAGACGUGGUUCUUCACAGGAAGAAGCGCAGAGACGUUCUGCUGUACAUCAUCGCUGUAGUUUUGCUGAUAUUCGCCGUGGUUCAUCUCAUCUUCUAUGCUGGAAAGAGUUUUCAGGGUUCGGCGUCUGCGAGAGUCCGCCGGGAUCUCGAGAAUGCGUCUGACUGUAUCCCACCGCAGUCGUCUGAAUUUCCUGAAGGAUUUUUCACGGUUCAGGAGAGGAAGGAUGGAGGGAUUCUGAUUUACUUCAUGAUCAUUUUCUACAUGCUUCUGUCCGUGUCGAUCGUGUGUGACGAUUACUUCCUGCCGUCUCUGGAGCUCAUCAGCGAGCGACUCGGUCUUUCGCAGGACGUCGCUGGAGCAACUUUCAUGGCUGCCGGGAGCUCGGCACCAGAACUCGUCACCGCGUUUCUGGGUGUGUUCGUGACGAAGGGAGACAUCGGCGUGAGCACCAUCAUGGGGUCGGCCGUCUAUAACCUGCUGUGCAUCUGUGCGGCGUGUGGCCUGCUGACCUCUGUGGUGGGUCGUCUCUCCUGCUGGCCGUUGUUUAGGGAUUGCGUGGCGUACGCCAUCAGCGUCGCAGCAGUCAUCGCCAUCAUCUCAGAUAACAGAGUUCACUGGUAUGACGGCGCGUGUCUCCUGCUGGUGUACGGCGUGUACGUGUGUGUGCUGUGUUUCGAUCUGAAGAUCAGCGAGUACGUGAUGCAGCGCUUCAGUCCGUGCUGCUCGUGUGUGAAUAAGAGCUCGCAGGAGCGCGACGAGCAGCAGCCGCUGAUGGGAUGGAGCGAGAACAGCAGCCUCCGCCUUCACCGCCGCUCCAGAGCCGACAGCGGCAUCUUCCAGGACGACUCGGGAUAUUCCCACCUGUCGCUCAGCCUGCACGGCCUGAACGAGAUAACGGACGAGCAGAAGAGCGUGUUCGCGAUGCCGGAACACGAUCUGAAGCGGAUCCUGUGGGUUUUGUCGCUGCCGGUCGUCGUUCUGCUGUUCCUGACCGUUCCCGACUGCAGGAGACGCUUCUGGAGGAAAUGCUACAUGAUCACCUUCCUGAUGUCGGCCGUCUGGAUCUCCGGAUUCACAUACGUGCUGGUGUGGAUGGUCACCAUCGUCGGAGAGACGCUGGGAAUCCCGGACACGGUGAUGGGAAUGACACUUCUGGCAGCGGGAACCAGCAUCCCGGACACCGUGGCCAGCGUGAUGGUCGCUCGCGAAGGUAAAGCUGACAUGGCCAUGUCCAACAUCGUGGGCUCAAACGUGUUCGACAUGCUGUGUCUGGGUCUGCCGUGGUUCAUCAAGACGGUGUUUGUGGACACUGGGUCUCCGGUGGAGGUCAACAGCGCGGGUCUGGUCUUCAUGUCCUGCACGCUGCUGCUCUCCAUCGUCUUCCUCUUUGUGGCCGUUCACAUCAACGGCUGGAAGCUGGACUGGAAGCUGGGUCUGGUGUCUCUGGUGUGUUACGUGCUCUUCGCCACGCUGUCCAUCCUCUACGAGCUCGGGAUCAUCGGGAACAAUCCCAUCCGCUCCUGCGGUGACUGACGCGCCACUGGGACGAUAUAAUGUCACCGACCAACGGGUUGGCAUCAGUGCGACUCAACGAUCAUGUGAGGGCACUUUAUGGACAAAAAAUAAAGGUUUUGAGUUAUUGGUCCAUAAAGUGAUUCUGCAACAAGGGAUGCUCCUGACCUCACUGAAUCAUAAAACACUAAUAUAGUCACAUAAAACACGUUCUUUUACGCCCUUUAAAACAUUUUCCUUUAUAUGCAGUAGUUUGACUUCAGUCAUGUUCAACUGCCAUUUACCAUCACAUCAUUAAAAGUCAACUAUUUUUUAUUUAAUAUGGAUGGAGCAAAAAAUCUUUGACUGUAUCUUUAAAAAAAAGUCCUGAAAAGAUACAGUAAACAAACGAACACAUUUAAUUGUGUUACUGUGUUCAGUAAUUUGCUCUGGUCGACAGCGUGACGCAUUGUAUUUACACUGAAUGUCUCUCGCUCGUAAUGAGCUCAUUUUUCUUUUUCCCCCAGUUUAUUUUUAUGGUGGCAAGAGUUGAUUUCUUUCUAAAACUUUAUUGCUCAGGGAUUUUGGUCAAUGUAAUAAACAAUUAUUUGAGAAAAUAUGUGUUUAUCAAGAAUGAGCUCGAAGUCCAAAUUUAACUUUAGAAAUCGAUACGCCAAAGACGGAUGAUUAGACCCAAACAAUUCUAACAGAACAUCAUUUACUCAAUAUGUUUGUUUCAUUUUCAAGCGUUUGUAGUUACAGAAUUACUCAUCUCUGUAACUGUAAAUCUUUAUCACACUGAUACUCAUCGUCUACCUCAGUGAAUUCAUCCAGGUUUUUUUUUUGGAGGUUAAUUAUUACUGUAAUACAUUGCAUUACAAUAAAACAUACUCUCAUUGUGAAGAACAGAACAAAGGCAUUUCUUCACUGAUGCAUCUUCUGGUUGGAAAUAUGACUUGCUGCUGGAUUCAUGAAUGACUUUCUUAAGAACUUUACUCUGGUGAAUCUUAGUCAUGUAUUUGUCCAUGUAUAAGGCCAUUAACAGUUCAUUUGUUAGAUGAGUGUGAUUAAUGCUUAAUAUUUGAAAGCCUAAUAAAUUCCAUGCUGUUAAAGACGUUG